AUGCCUAUUCUACAGCCUAGCACUUUAGACAAUUCAGGGUCUGAAUGUCUUGUGCUACCCAACAUACCGACUACUUCAGAUACAACAAUGGAUCACCCAGUCACUAGCGAAUCAACAGCAGGCACUACAGCGGGGUGUACAAUAACUCGCGUAGGAUCGUUUGGCAUGAAUGGCAUUAAUAUGAAAACCAAGCAUGAGCUUCAUAUACCCGUAACAGAAAACAAUCUUACUGCUGGUACUCCUGGUGGUGGGCCAUAUUCCUGUGAUGUAACCUCGACUUCCGCCGUACAGCUCGAGUCCCGUACAAACACAUUACUUUCCAGUACCUCAAACACUCACCCCAUCAUCUGUGAACCGCACAUCAUGAACAGCGCACAGCACCAUAGUCCUUGCGUAUCUCCUUUGCAGAAACAAAGUCUUUCUGCAUCGCUGCAGCCAGACUCUGCUCAAACUGUAUCUAGUCCCAUUUCUGCAAUUAAAACCGUAGAUAACAAGAUGGAUUCAACCCGUCACCCUCAACACUGUGCUUCACAAAAUACCAACCAUCAGCCAGUACCGUCUGACCCCGCAUGCCAUUCAACCACAUCCAACAUUGAUGAGGCUGUUUCUGGUAACGACAGCAUCUCUGACAAGACUGGCUCCAUUAGUAUAGACCAUGGCGACAAUAACAACCCUUCAUCCUCCAUGAUCACUGCAUGUGUUCCAGAUGACGGAAGCGUCGAUAUUGACAUCAGCUUAUUGCGAGCAUCAUUGACCCAGCAAACUGCUGGCUCGGUCUUAUCUCCUGAGAAAAUGCAACAAGCACUUCAAACACAUAGCCCAACAGUCAAUAACUCUAUGCUCGAAGAGCAGUACCAGUUUUUACCAACUCAAAAUCCUCCCUGCCAUAUUGACUACACGUCAUAUGUACUCAAGAUUCGUCAGCAACCAAAGCAAGCCCGCUGCUCAUCCAUGUCUGAGAAAGGAGUGCAACUCACCCUUAAUGAUCCGCAUUCUCAAGAUUCAAAGGCAUAUCUCCACAAUCCGUUCUUUUUCGUUUAUGCAACCUUGCUGGGAACGGACAUCUCCAAAGACACCUAUGACUACAAAGAGAUUGGCAAUCGGGUGAUGUCAGGAUCCACAGCCUCUUCUCUGCAUCGACUUCGAGAUCUGGAUAGUUCGUAUGGCGGUUUCUUUGUAUUUCCUGACAUUUCUAUUCGUCAGGAAGGCAAGUUUCGCAUCAAAUUUACCCUCUUUGAAAUCCUCAGUGCUGGUGCAGAUCCUUUGGUCCCUCCCAAAGUAGCACGCCGCAACUCGGUGAUUUCAGAUGUAUUUACAGUUUAUCAGGCAAAACUAUUUCCUGGAAUGGUUGAAUCUUCCCCAUUAUCUCGGUUUUUUGCAGAGCAAGGUUUAAAGAUUCGCAUUCGAAAGGAUGUAUCGCGCAAAAGCCUAAAGCGUGGGCUUGAUGGGUUAGAUUCAGACGAGGAUCCCAAGAAAGAAGUGCCAAGCCAACUGAAGCGAACUAGUCAUGAGCAUACAUAUGAUGAUCGUAGGGAUGGAUCGCAUUCUACGAAUGGAGUUCGUUAUGUAGACUAUCCUCCUUCGCAUGGUGGUCCUAAUGGAUUGAAUCCCCAUAAUUAUAGACGACCUAGCGAGUCUAACGAUCCAUAUGGGUAUGGUGCGCCUCCAUCGCAUGCUGUUUAUGACUCUUGGGGACGACCCGUCCCAACCAACUACUAUUACCGGCCAUUAGCAUAUGGAGAUGCACCACCUCCCAUGUAUAGCUCCUCGUCUCAAGGACCACCUCCUCAUCAUAUGCGAUAUUCAUAUGGUGGUCCGCCUGGACCUUAUGGAGGACACGCACAGCAUCCAAUGCAUUCCCAUCCACCUGCUCAUGGGUAUAUUUCGCCGUCCAGUGCACCUACCUACUCUCCAUACUCGGGAAAUUACCAUCCACCUCACUCUAAUCAUGCUGGAUCUACCCGACCACCGCCAUCUAUGUUAAUUAACUCAUCACUUGAAUCAACGGAUCGACAUCCAUCUAAUGGUUCUGGUAACCCAAACCACUCAUAUGGUCGUCCGUAUCCGUAUGGUCCAUCCAUGCAACAGCAUGCUAUGCGUCCACCGAAUCCUGGAGAAUCUGCCGAGACUUUAGCCAAUGCGCCUUUGACAAAGACGGAGCCUGGAGCAUCGCAGGUCAGUCCUAAAUUUGAGUCCAAGGCUCCUGUGACAGAGCAUCAUUACGUGUCUCCCUCUGGGGGAUCGUCAGAUCACCAACUGCAGCAGAUGGGACAUUCCUAUGGAGGUCAGCCUCGAGGACAAAGACCACCCCAUGGACCAAUGAAUCAUUCCCGACCCAUACCCAUCAACAGACAACUGGCUCAUCCUGACCCAUAUGCUUCUCUUAUGCCUUCUGGCGCAAGCUAUGGACAUCCUAGCCAGCACUCGCUAUCGCACUCUCAUCAACAUCCAUCUCAGCAUUCUUACCCACAACGUCCUUUGCGUGGACCCAUCGUACAAGGAUCAAAUGAGAUGCCAUUAAAGCAGGAACGCUGGAACGGAAACAUGCCACACUCGGCUACUGGUUCUCCGCCUGAUGAUCGAAACGCAUCUGCUUAUUCUCAACAUGCGUAUCAUCCGCGUUCACAAGAUACAGGCGCUUGUGUCAAUAUGGAACCCCGUUCUUCAAUGGCAUCGGUUGCAUCUUCGUAUCCUCCUCAACACCAUUCUGGAUCUGGCUCACAUGGACGAGCCCUUCCUCCAAUGCAAACUGGUGGCGCACCCACAUCUUAUGGAUCUCCGCCUAUCAAUGCUUCUCGUAAUGGCCUUGCACCUCGAUCAGAUCAUCAGCAAUCGCCUGCUGUUUCAGAAAUGAUUCCAGAUGGUGGCAGGCCAGGUCUAGAAAGAUACUACUCUUAGCAUCAUACAAUCCCUUGUAUAACAACGAAAGCAGCACUAGUCAUAAUAGAGCUUUUAAUUUUGUUAUUUUUCGAUUGUUUAAAAGGGUAUAAUUGUGAAUUUGUUCAAUUGGAUUACUAUCUGGUUUGUUUACACUUUUUCUGUUUGAUUACUUUGUCUAUGCAAGGACAAACGUGCAUCAUCACUCCAUCUUAAUCACCAUCAUGUGAAUUUUAUUGAUAAUUCUUUCCAUGAUUGUUUAGUUUCCGUAUAAAUGCCUUUUUACUGCUUGUUGUUGUCACUAAUUUUACCAUUAGGACUGGCAUCUUUUUUCUCAAUUUCAACUCCUUAAAACUUUGAUUAAUCUUGACCUGAAUAAACGUUUGGUCUUUGG